AUGUCGCGCUGUGUGGCGGUGCGGGUGCUGCGGCUGGGCGCGGUGCCGUACGCGGAGGCGCUGCGGGUGCAGGAGCGCUGCGUGGCGGCGGCGCGGGCGGCGCUGCCGGCCGAGACCGUGGUGCUGAGCGAGCCGGCUCAGCCCGUGUACACCUGGGGGCUGCGCGGCGCUCCGGGCGCGGCGGCGGCCGCGGCGCUGCGGGCGCGGGGCGCGGCGCUGGUGGCGGCGCGGCGCGGAGGCCACAUCACCUUCCACGGCCCCGGGCAGCUGCUCGCCUUCCCCGUGCUCGACCUGCGCCGCCGCCGCCUCCCGCUCCGCGCCUACGUGGCCGGGCUGGAGGCGCUGGUGGUGCGGCUGUGCCGCCGGCUCGGGCUGGGCACGGCCCGCGCCCUCCCGCCGCCCUUCACCGGGGUCUGGAUGGGCGACAGCAAACUCUGUGCCAUCGGUGUGCACUGCAGGAACCACAUCACGUCGCACGGGCUGGCGCUGAACUGCUGCACUGACCUCACCUGGUUCGAGCACAUCGUCCCCUGCGGGCUGGAGGGGAAGGGGGUCACCUCUCUGAGCCACGAGCUGGGCCAGCACGUCGCCGUCAGCCACGUCCUCGAGCCCUUCCUCGACUCCUUCCAGGAGGUGUUUGACUGCACUUUGGUCUCUUCAGAAGACCCCGGGGAUUAGGAUUGCUGUGGUGCCUUGGCCGGGUGUUUUGGCGAAGCCACGGCGUCAGGGCAGCGCUGGGGGCUCUGUGGUGAGCCGAGUUCUCGUGCCUUUGCCUGUAGACUGUGAGUGGACAGUGGCACAGGGCUUCAGGCUGCUGCUUAAACGUCCAAACCUCCACUGGGGCUGUUCUCUCCAGCCUCGUGAGUCUCCAUCCCUCGGCUGAGACCUCCAUGGGUACCACAUGCUCAUGCCACUUGCUGGGGAAGUAAUCAAACAGGUGCUUUUGUGGGUUUUUUUCCUGCUUUUUGCCCCACAAAAAUUAAUCGUCUCUGUGAAUGCUGAUGAAUUCAUGUGGGUCAAGCAUCCUUCCCUUGCUGAAGGGUAAAAAAGGCAGAUUUUAUAUAUAAAGAGAGUUGCUGGGAA